UUUCCUCUUUCUCUGAACAUCACAUGACUUAAUUAAUUCCUUCCUCUUCUCUUAUGUGUAACACACUCACAUCACUAGGAGCUGACACUCACAUCACUAGGAGCUGACACUCACAUCACUAGGAGCUGACACUCACAUCACUAGGAGCUGACACUCACAUCACUAGGAGCUGACACUCACAUCACUAGGAGCUGACACUCACACUCACAUCACUAGGAGCUGACAUUCACAUCACUAGGAGCUGACAUUCACAUUACUAGGAGCUGACACUCACAUCACUAGGAGCUGACACUCACAUCACUAGGAGCUGACACUCACAUCACUAGGAGCUGACACUCACAUCACUAGGAGCUGACACUCACACUCACAUCACUAGGAGCUGACAUUCACAUCACUAGGAGCUGACAUUCACAUUACUAGGAGCUGACACUCACAUCACUCAGUGUAACACACUCACAUCACUCAGUGUAACACACUCACAUCACUAGGAGCUGACACUCACACUCACUGCUCAGGAAUGAAUGAAGCCGUCACUUACGCUGACCUGCAGUUUGUCAACUCAUCCCUGAAGGAAUCAGUCUUCAAAAGUGAUGAAGAGGAGGAUCCAGGGGCCACAUAUGAGAAUGUAAAAAGUCUAAAUGUCCCAGUAAUGAAAGUGGAAACUUCAGCCCCAGACAACAGAGGCCGAGCUCAACCCCCUGGAGGACUCCAGAAACAAGAGUAUAAAUUCCUACUCCUGCUCCUCCUCCUCUGCCUCGGAUCUUUCUCUGCUUUGGUUGGAAUUGUCAUCAAAUAUCUUCAGGUCUCCAGAGAGUUAGAGGAAUUAUCCACAUCUCACAUGGAACUGAACAGCAGCCUCUCCUGGGAAAUUCAGAGUAAGGAGGAGAAACUAACACUCACCCACAUGCGACUCUCCAACUUACAAACUGAGUUCAAGCAACUGGUGCAGGAGCUGAAGAACCUGAAUAGAUCCCUGCAGUUCUGUAAUGGAACCCAAAAGGAUACCAGAGAGAACUUGCUCCGGAUACAAGAACUGUAUCACAAAACAAUGGAGGAAAAAGAAAAAACGGAAAAGAACCUCAAGGAAACAGAAAUGCAGCUCCAAAAUGCCAAUAUGGCGUAUUGCCCCUCACAAUGGAUUCGCUUUGGAAUGAGAUGUUUGUUCUUCUCUGAAAAGAAAGAAAAUUGGGAGACGAGCAAAUUAAACUGUCAGAAGGAAAUGUCAACUCUCCUGAUCCUCAGAGACAAUGACAAUGAACUGCAGGAGUUCUUAUCCAGCAAAGAGGGAGACUACUGGGUUGGGAAUGAAAUUGUUUGGAACAACAGAUUUACAUGGAAAAAUUCAAAUGAAUUUCCAGAGUGCUGGGGAGAUAAUUGUGUUAAAAUCAGCAGCGGGAGACAACAAUAUGUGAAAAAAUAUCUCAACAAUAGAUGGAUCUGUGAGAAAAAGCUGGUUCUGUUGGAUGUUGCCAAGUCAGACUCCAGUUUAAAAUACCGUUUCUACCUCUCUGGUGAAAAUGGCAAGUAUCAGUGCCAGAAACAAUAAAAGAAGUGACACAUGAAAAGACCAAUGGAAAUCCUGGAUUAUAUCAUUUGUAGUUAAAGUCACACUGUUUACUCCUUAUUGUGCAAAUGGCAAGUCAUGUUGUUGCUGUGUGAUACCAAUGUGAGACUAUUUCUUAUACUGCGUUAGUACAUUAAUCAGUGUUAUGCCAAUUAGUGGGUGCAGCCAGUGCAGGGAGGCAGUAAUUAGCUUUGUGUAUCCAUUGUAUAUAUCAUUUUUGGGCUAUUAUUUAAAGUUAGGGUUUUAGCAAGAGCAGCCUUAGUUGAUGGGGAGUAUAGAGUCUGUCACACGUAUGAUCAUAAAACAUCACAGCAUGAUAACAAGCGGAUCUAAAGAGAACCUAUUUGGGUUAUUUUUUAAUGCAAUAUCACAGGUCAUUUUCCAGGACUGAGAUUGGAUCAUUAUUGGCAGAUGGCUCCCCUACACCAGGGAUAUAAAAAAAACAACCCCCAGAACCCUUUAAAGCAGGGAUCCCCAACCUUUUGAACCUGUGAGCAACAUUC